AUGGCUGAAGAUGCCUGGAAUACCCGUGACCCAGAGAAGGUCAGCUUGGCCUAUACAGAGGACUGCAUUUGGAGAAAUCGGGACACCUUCUUUCAGGGCAGGGAAGCCAUUGUCCGCUUUCUCCGAGAAAAGUGGGAUAAGGAGACGGAGUACCGCCUUGUCAAGGAGCUUUUUGCCUUUGAAGGAAAUCGAAUUGCAGUUUGCUUUCAGUAUGAGUUCAAAGAUGCGACGACAGGCUCCUGGUACAGAGCCUAUGGCAACGAGAACUGGGAUUUUGCGGAAAAUGGGCAGAUGAAGAGACGCCAGGCAUCUAUCAACAAUGUGGCGAUCCUGGAGGGGGAACGGCGAUUCUUCUGGGCUUUGGGACCACGCCCUUCUGACUUCCCGGGCCUCACGGAGCUAGAAAAACAAUUUGGCUCGCAGAGCUUCAACCAAUUUGAAUACAAGAUGGAGCGGAGCGAAGAAGAAUUGCACCUGCCCCGCUUUGACUUUGACUCGCGCUGGGAGUCACAGAAACGUUCUGCAUGUGCGUAUUUCGAGACGUGCCCUGCAGAGGCCAGCUUCGUGGUGCAACAUCGAGCAGUUUUGUUGCGCUCCAAGCCGAGUGUGAAGGUCCGCAAAUUGGUGAAGAGUGGCUGGGUGCAGCUCACGCGCGAAUCAAGCCAGCAGGCUGGAGCAGCCGGCAAAAUUGCAUGGGCGCUGAUCAAUGGCGAGGAGGUUGGUUUGGGCGUUCUGCUGCGUCCUUUAAAGCCUGGCGAAACGCCAAAGGCAAUGGAAGAGGACUCAGAUGAGGAGAAAGGCGUAUCAUGGAGAGCUGAAGAUAUCUACACUGGCGCCUUGGAGUUUGAGGUUGUGUUCAAGUCAGUUUCGGUGCGAAGGAGACCCAGAGUCACUGCAAAGUCCGUGGGAAUUGUGAAAGAGGGAGACCGGAUCUUCGGCUAUCCAAAAGACAAUUGGUUGCAAACCAGCAAGAAGUACAGGCAAAAAGAUCCUGGAUGGAUACGCAUGGAUGGAACAGACCUUGGCCAUGGACCCCUGCUUCAGUGCACCUCAUUGAAACCACAAAUGACGAAAUGCUUUGCAGAGGCACUUCUCAUCACAUGGCAGCAGCUUCCGGUGAAAUCUGCCCUGUACACGCUGGAGUGGAUGGGUCAGGACAAGAAGACCAAAGCAGUUGCAUUGGACAAAACUCGGUUAACUACAGGCAAGAUUCAAGGCUUAGCUGCUGACUCCACCUACUAUGUGAGGGUUAUCGCUCUUGUGAUGGUACCUGGGAUCGAAUCCAGCCAUCCCAAGAGUAUGUGUGCUCAGAUCUGCAGCGAUUGGGUAGAAGCUCAGACAGGUGCCCCUGUAGACACGGUUGAGCAGACUUCCAUGACCUUUGAUCCGCUGGCGCGAAUACGUGGCCGGUGCAAUAGCUGCAAACAUUGUGAGUGCUUCAUCUUGAGCAAGUAUUCCUAUCUCAUGCACUUGGAUCAGGUGCUGUGCAGACGCUGCGGCUGUGCCUGUACAAGUCACGAGAUCGUGGGUGAAUACGGGAAAUCACAGGCGCAAUGGGCGAAAGAGAAUGCGCAACGCAGGCAGCGAGAAGAUCAAAGGAGAGCAGGAAAUAAGAAGCCGAGUGUGGUACCAGAGAUUCCUUGCCUUCCGUGGCAGCCAGAUGACUCUCCAGCUGGUGUUCCAAAAGCCAACUACGUCAUCCAGCAGGUGAAGCAAGCAAGGAACUUCUACGAGACGCUAGGUGUGAAGCCUUCUGCACCAGCAAAAGACAUCCGCAACGCAUACCGUCAGAUUGCGUUGCGCAUCCACCCAGACAAGGUAUGCCCUGGUGGUGAGACAGACUCGGACCUGAUCACGGCAGCGGAGGCAGUCAAGCAGCCUGAAACUAUCGACCUCUGCGACACGAAAGGCUGCAUCCUGGAAGACGAUCAUCGUUUUGCCUCCGAUCAGGUUUUGUACUGCAUUGGAAUAUCCUUGGGAGCACCCAGAACGGUGCAGCUCGAGGUGCGUGACCAUCGAACAGGAGCCAGACUUUAUUUGAACGUGCUGGACACUGUGAGCAUGGAGAGUCUGAGAAAGAAGGUGGCCCGUGAAUUGCAACUGAAGGAGAAGGAGAUACAAGUUGGCCACCAGAAAUUCACGGGAAAGGGAUCAACGCGUCGAUUUGAAGCAUUCCCGACGGACGAGCUCCUAAACGGAAGGAGAACGAUCUAUAUCAAUGGCAACAGUGUCCUCAUCUAUUUGAACCUGGAACAGGCAUUGCAGCUUCAACGUGAUCUCAUAGUCGCCUAUAGUCAGCCCCAGUUUCAAAAGGAACUUGAUUCUCUGCUGCAUGCACACCCACUGCCAGAGUCCGUCACGCAAAUGAAGUUCCGUGAGGCUUUUGGCAAGCUUGUGAGAAAUGCUCAGAAAGAUUGCCUCAGAAAGUGGGGCUUUGAAGGUGACUUUGCUGCUCAGAAUAUGAUGACUGCCUUUGGAAAGGUUGGCCACACACCAGAAGUGUACUCGCUCAGCCUGGAGAUUGACAAGCUGCUUCGCAUCACUUCAGGUGGAAUGAUUGCUGCUCCACUGAAGCCAAAGAAAGAAGAGCAGGCAGUUCCCAAAGUGAGUGAGCAACAAUCGACUCAGGAGGCUACGAAGCAAAAGUCAUCGAAAUCACCAGUCACUAUUACCAUUCGUCAAGCUGUCGACGAGGAGAACCAAGCUCCUGCACCACCGUUGAAGGUCACUGUCCCAGCAGAUGCCACCAUGCGGAAAGUCAAGCAGGCAAUUGCAGAGAAGCUCGGGAUGAAGCGCUCAACAGCUAUCAAGCUUGUGUUUGACCUACACGGAAGAGCUGCGAAGUUGCGUAAGACAUCUUCGACGGACAGCGGCAUGACUUUUGCGUCUUUUAAAGACGAUGAACAGAUUGGCUUACGAAGAGAGCUUCUUGUGUUAGGAGCUGACUUGAGCCAGGUUGGUGUGGCUGGAAAACCAUCCUUGGGAAAUCCAGUGGUUGUGACCAUUCGAGAAGCUGAAUCUUCAAGAGAGGCCCAAGUCAUGGUCUACCCCUGCUCCACGAUGCAUGAUGUGAAGAUUUCCGUUGCCAAACGUUUGCAACGCUGGGAUAUCUUUCAAAAGGCCCGGUUGGCUCAUGAGGUUGAUGGCAAGCUGCACCGGUUGCAAGACCAAGAUGUUGUGGGUGCUCAACGACAUUUUAUCAUUGAAAGCAUAGAUCUUCUUCACAGGAAUCUCCAGGACCUGGAGUCUGUGACUCAGGCUGGCCAACACCACGAGGCUGAACAACAGGAGGAUUCCCUCAGCCCUCUGCCAGUGCUGCUUUCUGUUGUUCACGCUACUGAUGGCGACAAAGUAAUGCUUAGCCUGCCUGCUACUUCCACAAUCAAAGAGGUGUUCGAGGCAUUGGUAGACAAACUAGAGCACAGAGAAAAGAUACUGGCACAUGGCAAGCUGGUUCAGAAGGUUGGUGAACGCCUGGACCCACUCGAUGCUCACGACAUUGUUGCUCAGAGGCGCACAUUGUACUUCACAGGCUGUGAACUUCAGCGUCUUCCGCAAGCAGAGAUCCCCUUCAGUGUUGGAUCGCACAGGGCAACAAUUCAGGUGACGAUCAGAAAAGCAAACGAUGAACAUCCGGGUCCGCAUGAAGUCGUACUCGAGGUUUCGGCAGAUGGAACAAUGCAGGAUGUGAAAGAGGAGUUGGCUCGCUGGCUGGGCCGUCCAGAGCUGAAACACGUGGUUCUUCUCCUUCUGGAGUUGCAACAAGUGCUGCAGGCCAGCGUGCUUUCGCAGACGCUUUGGACCGCAAGAUACUCCAACAUUUACAUACCUGAUGAAAACUUUGACGAGAUACUGGACAAGAUCGAAAUCUGCAAGAGCAAAAAGGAAGCCAACUGGGAAGAAGAGAGCAAUGAACUUUUUGCAAAAGGGUUAACAAAGGUUUGGAGCCCAACGCUGGUCCGGAGGGGGUUCUCGCCUGGGGAGGAUGGCUUUCAGGCGAUGUUCAGCCUUGUCUCUGCCUACGGGAGAAGGUCUGCCGUGAGGAGGGUGGCUUUUGACCUGGAGAGGGUGUUGCGAUUCAAACCUGGUGAUUUCUUUGGAUUGCCAGAGGAGACAACUGGUGUAAGUGGCCGUAGGGGUCUGGACCCGGAGCAAGCUGAGGAGUUGAUGUCGGGCAUCCUUACCCUGCUCAAGACUCGGCAAUUCCAGGGCCCUAUCUACCGCCGCGUGACGGGGAAAGAGCCCGGUUCGAGUCGAAAGAUUGGCCGGGGCACUCAACGGGAAGCCGAACCGCCGAUGGUGUCGAUAUGUGUCGAUGAUGCUCCCAGUGAGCUUGAGAAGAGGUGUCUCACCAGGCAAUUCUUCCCUUCCAAGGUCGGAGGGCGACCAGCAUGGUUGAUCCCCGAGAAGCUUCCAGAGGAGCUGACGUGUUCCAGGUGUGGAUGCCGUCUACGCUUUCUGAUGCAGAUCUCCGCAUCUCAGGGAUCUUGGAAGGAGUCUUGCUUCCACCGCAUGUUGCACCUCUUUGUUUGCACCAACUGCCAGCCCAAUGAGGCACGGGUCUUUCGCGCCCAAUUGCCUCGAGACUGCCCCUACUACAGCUGGGAUGAACCGGAUCGAGAAGCUGUGCAUCUGGAGGCCAAGGAUGCAGAGUUGGAGGCGCUGUGCUGCCCCGAUUGUGGUCUCCCAUGCGAAGGAUCCUGCGCAACAUGGGCGGACUGGGAGGCGGUGGUUCUUCACCGUCUGGCUUGCGGUGUGGUGACUGCACACGACGGGCCAGGAACGGCGACCCGGCGGUGCCUUUCUGCGAGUUCGAAGCCGCGGAGAGACGAUCGGUGGCCAGUGGCCUGUGAACGUUAAC